AUGAUCCCCGCAAUGGAGAAUACACGUAAAGCCAUUCGUGUUUUCGAUGCGUUUCCAAAAACACCGCCCAGUGACAGAGUGGCUUCAUACAGAGGGUCAUAUUCAACAAUUCUAACAUAUGCGUUUAUGGUGUUCAUGAUAUGGGUGCAGGUGGGUGGAUAUAUCGAUGGGUAUAUUGAUCAUCAAUUUUCUGUUGAUGAUAAAAUCAGGAGUACCUUGAAUCUCAAUGUCGACAUAUUAGUCAAAAUGCCAUGUAAAUAUUUGGAUGCUAAUGUGCGUGAUAUCACAGAAGACAGAAAUAUGGCAGAAGAGAUUUUGAAUUUCGAAGGUGUAGAAGUACCUGAUUAUUUUUGGACACUAGGUCUUCGGGAGAAAAACACUGUUACGCCAGAUCUCGAUGUUGUUCUAUCGAACUCCUUAGAGGCUGACUUUGCAAGUAAAGGUGUCAGGGCCCGCUUGGAUCUUCCUACUUGUAGGAUCUAUGGUGUGAUACCAAUCAACAGGGUUCAAGGAGAUUUCCAUAUUACAGCAGAAGGGAUGGGGUACUUCGGCGGUCACAUUACACCAGAAGAUGCGUUGAAUUUUACACAUUUUAUCAACGAGUUUUCCUUUGGUACCUUUUAUCCAUAUAUUGACAAUACUCUUGAUCAAACUGCACAGAUCACUGAGGAGAAGCAGCGCACCUAUCUCUAUUAUCUCAAAAUCAUACCUACAAUAUUCGGUAAAUUGGGCCAUGAAAUAGACACGACUCAGUAUUCUGUACAGAUGACUAAAACAGACAAGAAGUAUGCACCCGGCUUGUUUUUCAAGUACGACUUUGAUCCUAUCAAGAUGUCCACCAUCGAGAGGCGGUUGUCAUUCUUCCAGUUUGUCAUUCGAUUGGUGACGAUAUUAGGAGGGCUUUGGAUCAUUGUUGGAUGGUUAUAUAAACUGAUGGAGAAAUCCAUUGCUGUCUUUUUUGGUGAAGAAUAUUUGAGGCGUGGAGAGGAGAAGAAAGGAGGGUUGUUGGACGAACCAAUGGAUGAAUUUGAAAAAAUAUAG